GAGGUGAAGAAAAGUAAGAGAGAAAUGGAUCAAUCCUCGAUGGAGAAACUAAUCCUCGUGACUCGUGAACCGGACAGAAUCGCGAUGAUCAUCAUCAACCGGCCUAAGUCCCUCAACUCAUUGACUCGAGCAAUGAUGAACGAUCUCGCUCAGGCGUUCAAGGCCCUGGGAAAGGACGAUUAUGUACGGGUCAUAAUCCUUAAAGGAUCGGGUCGGGCGUUCUGUUCUGGCGUCGAUCUGACGGCGACGGAGGACGUGUUUAAGGGUGAUGUGAAGGACCUGGAGUCUGACACUGUUGCCCAGAUGGAACGGUCCCAAGCCCAUUAUCGGAGCCAUUAACGAGUUCGCAGUCAUCGACGGGUUCGAGAUUUCCCUUGCUUGUGAUAUUCUAAUUGCAGCUAAGGGAGACAAACUCAUGGAUACCCACGCUAGGCUUGUAUCUUUCUGCUUCCUUCUUUCUUAAUUCCCAUUAUAUUUGUUCAUAAUUUGGUGAUUUCAGUAAAUUUUCAUUUGAAGU